AACAGGACAGAGCAGCCUUCACCACACAGGAGCAUUAGGACGGCAGGAGACUUGGCUUCAUCUCUCUCAGUGCUGCUGCUGUGGGCCAAUCACAGGCUUCGUCUCUCUCAGCACUGUUCCUGAGGGCCAGUCAAAGUCAUCUCUCAGCACUACAGCUGGAGCAGGGAAUGUUCUCCUCUUCUCCGCCACACUCUGGGCUGUUGGAGAAGCUCUUCCAGUACAUAGACCUCCACCAGGAUGAGUUCGUGCAGACCUUGAAGGAGUGGGUGGCCAUUGAGAGCGAUUCUGUGCAGCCCGUGCCUCGUCUCAGACAGGAGCUCUUCCAGAUGAUGGCCUUGGCUGCAGACAAACUCCGGAACCUGGGAGCUGGGGUGGAUUCCGUAGACUUGGGUUCUCAGCAGAUGCCUGAUGGUCAGAGUCUCCCCAUACCUCCUAUCCUAUUGGGAGAGCUGGGAAGUGAUCCCGAGAAGCCCACUGUAUGCUUCUAUGGGCACCUGGACGUGCAGCCAGCUCAGAAGGAUGACGGGUGGUUCACGGAGCCCUACACACUGACAGAGGUGGACGGGAAACUGUACGGACGGGGAGCAACAGACAACAAAGGCCCCGUCUUGGCUUGGAUCAAUGCCGUGAGCACCUUCAGAGCUCUGCAGCAGGAUCUUCCUGUGAACAUCAAGUUCAUCCUGGAAGGAAUGGAAGAAGCUGGGUCUGUCGCCCUGGAGGAACUCGUCAAAAGAGAAAAGGACCACUUCUUCUCCAGUGUGGACUACAUUGUGAUUUCAGACAACCUGUGGCUCAGCCAGAGGAAACCUGCACUCACUUAUGGAACCCGGGGGAACUGCUACUUCACGGUGGAGGUGAAGUGUAGAGAUCAAGACUUCCACUCGGGAACCUUUGGUGGCAUCCUCAACGAACCAAUGGCCGACUUGGUUGCUCUUCUAGGUAGCCUGGUGGAUCCAUCAGGCCGCAUCCUAAUUCCUGGAAUCUAUGAUCAAAUGGCUCCUAUUACAGAGGAGGAAAAGAAAAUGUAUGAAAACAUUGAUCUGGACCUAGAAGAAUACCAGAAGAGCAACCAAGUUGAGAAAUUUCUGUUCGAUACCAAGGAGGAACUCCUGAUGCAUCUGUGGAGGUAUCCGUCUCUCUCCAUCCAUGGCAUUGAGGGUGCGUUUGAUGAGCCUGGAACUAAAACAGUCAUUCCCGGCCGCGUCCUAGGGAAAUUUUCAAUCCGCCUAGUCCCUACCAUGACUCUGUCUGUGGUGGAGAAGCAGGUGACUCAGCAUCUCGAAGCUGUCUUCUCUAAAAGGAAUAGUUUCAACAAGAUGGCCGUUUCUAUGGUACUAGGACUCCACCCAUGGACUGCAAACAUCAAUGAUACUCAGUACCUUGCAGCACAGAGAGCCAUCAAAACAGUGUUUGGAGUCGAUCCUGAUAUGAUCCAGGAUGGGUCAACCAUUCCAAUUGCCAAAAUAUUCCAGGCUAUCACACAAAAGAGUGUGAUGAUGCUCCCGCUUGGAGCUGUGGACGACGGAGAACACUCUCAGAACGAGAAGAUCAACAGGUGGAACUACAUACAGGGGUCGAAAUUAUUCGCUGCCUUUUUCCUGGAGUUGUCAAAGCAGCAUCCAGGACACCAGGUGCCUUCCAAUGUGUUCUGACCCACCGGCAGCUCUCCCCCCUCAGACCCUGGGCAAAGCUGGAGUUGGGAAAAUUCAGGAGAUGUGGAAAAUGAAAGGAUUGGAAGGCACAGACAGACAUUGGAGAUAUUUUAACAGUGCUUCAGUCACUUAACUUCCACAAGUCACAGCUACCUGGACCAUUAGUCCCUGGAUCCACUGCAGUGGCUGAGACAACCUUCUAGUACACGUGGGCUGUCUCUUCCAUCAUUAGAAUCUCACUUUCAAUUCCAUUGGCUUAACCCUCCAGUUCACUUUCCAGGCCCCAAAUAAUCAGACCCAGGGUCGCAGGACCUGAGUCACCUUCACCUCUGUUCCCUUAAUAACGGAAGUGGUGGCUUCAACCACUGGCUACAGUGAUUUCCCUGUGGAUUCACUUUUAGAAGAGUUUCUAGGGCAUGUCUCUGUAAUAACUUCUUGCCUCUCCUUCAUUAGUUUUGUUUUUUUCCCUCUGUAUUCCUGAACACUCUGAAGCUAAAUGAUCAAUAUUCAUAGCCUCACACCAUUUGGAAUCCUUGUGCAAAGAUGAUUUUUUUUUCUUUAAUUCCAAACUUCUUCAGCUUUACCGUGAUUGAUGCCACCUGCUCAGCCCCUCUGACUCUCAUUCUUCCUCCCCAUCAGUAAAGCCCCCUUCCUGCAAACAUGCACACACCCACCACUCUACCAGAAAAAUACACCCUGAUGGGAAUUUCUCUCACCCCAUUGGAAUUUUGUUCAGUGAGCUUUUCUGAAUUGCUUAAGGCUUUUAACAGCACUGGCAUCAGAUGGAGAUCAACCUGUAAUCAACCCUGACAUCAGCAAGACAUUCUUGAUUUAAAGCUCUCAACUAAA